AUGGGGCUCAUCCUGGGAGGAAAAUGUAAAAUUCCCUCCGACUGGGACCACAAACUGCGGUUUACUCCGAGGAGGAGAGACUAUGCCUUGAAUGAAGUGGUGCAGGUCAGCUGUGCUGGGAGGAUUCCUGAGAAGUUUGUGCCAUCUGUCCCACUGAUUCAGUGCAUUUCCAGAGGGGCCCAGCCCCUGUGGAAUGAGACUCCCACCUGCAAUGAGCGAUGCCAGCAGCCCCAGUGGGACUCACAGCUCCAGUUCAGGCCAAACCAGAGAUUUUACACGGUCGGUGAAGAGGUGACACUGAGCUGCUUUGAGAAUGACGCUCCUCCCCUUGCUGUGAUCAGCUGUGCAAACUGGAGGAAUGUUUGGCAGGUGUUGGACAUUUCAGGAAAAUGGCACAGGUUGCCUCUGAAACUGAGCUGCACCACGGCAAAAUGCCCUAAACCUGAGUGGGAUGCAAGACUUCAGUUUUUGGAGAAUGAAACUGGAAACCCACAGAACAGAGAAGAACUGACCCUGACCUGUCCCAAAGGCCUCGAGCCCUCCUUCCCCGAGGUCAAAUGUGCAAAGGAAUUUCAACGAGUGAUUUCUGGAAAACCAGAAUAUGUGGAUGCCUGGUGGGGCAGGAGCAGCACAGGUGCCUGGACACGCAUUGAGGGGGAUGUCCUGUGCAUGGGAGGGUGUAAAAGGCCCCAGUGGGACUCCAGACUCCAACUGGCACCAGACCAGGUGAAUUAUAAGAAGAAUGAAGAAGUGAUGCUGAGCUGCCCUCAAGGUUUCCAGCCACUCUUCACUGAAAUCCAAUGUCAGACUAAAUUCCAGGAUGAUUAUGGGACAUUUGGAUAUGAAGAAUUUUGGCUUGGAAGAGACUCCGCAGGUGCCUGGGUCCACAUUGAUUCCAGUGUGGAGUGCAUCGAAGUGCUCCAGGUUGACCAUGAGACCUUUGAGAUUUCCAGCACCAGCAUCAAACUGAAAUGGACCUGCAGUUUCCCUGAUGCCUGCCAGGGCAUGAGGGCCAUGUGCCGUCUGGCAGCGCCUUCCUCCCCUCCUUGUGAGGCUGAGGAGGUGGAUGCAGAGCAUAUGUUACAUGGCCAGGAGGGAACAUUCACCUGCUCCCCUUUGCAGCCCUUCACUGAGUACAGUGUCACCAUCGACUUGCCUCCCAACACAACCCUGUUCUCAUGGUUCUUCACAACACAGGAAUCAGUGCCGGACAAACCGGAGCAGCUGUGGCUGGAUCCCGACAGGGGCUCUCUCAGGUGGAGCGCGCCGCCCUCCUGCAACGGGGAGAUCAUCGGAUACCAGCUGAACAUCACAGCCAGGAACGCAGGGGACAGCAGCGUGCUGGAGACCGAGCGGCUGCGCCUCGAUGGCUCCGUCACCGAGCACCGGCUGCCGGGGCACAGCCCUGGCAGCAGCUACGCCGUGAUGCUCCAGGGGCUGACGGCUGCUGGAGCCGGGGCCGCGCUGACGAGGGAGUUUCACAGCAACAGCAGCUCCGACACCCCGCACCCCCAGGCCAUCAGCUGCCGCGGCGCCCGCGACAUCGCCCCCUCGCAAGGCACGGCCGUGCUCCCCCUGAGCCCCAUCGCCCCCGGCUCUGAGGCCGCCAGGGAGCACCAGCUGAUCGUGGCCGCCACGCACAACGCCUCGCUGAUCGAGAGCAUCUGCUCGGAGCAGGCACAGCUCUCCAAUGCCAGCGCCUACCAGGCCGCUCUGCUCAACCUCAGCGCCGCCACGGACUUCGUGCUGGGCGACGGCAGCCGCGGGCAGGGCAUGGACAACGCUGCCCUCAGCCCGGGCCGGGACUACACGGCCCUGCUGCGCCUCGUCCGCCGCGGGCCGCAGGCAGAGAAGUUCACCUGUGUCUGCUACAGCUUCUCUCUUGGGCAGGAGCCACCGUCUCUGCUGGAUAGCAAGCCUGUGGUUGUGGCAGUAGCACUAAUUGUUUCAUUCCUGGCACUGGGGAUUUUGCUGCUUUUUGUCAUCUUCAGGUUAAAGCACAACAGUUCAAGACGGUUGGAGAACAGCAGCACUAUACCCCUGAGAGGAUGUCAGAAAGUUGGGUGCUGAAGUCCUGUCCUUGUGGUCUCUGCAGAUGUACGCAAGCCAAACACACAGAUCCCAGUGGAGGAAUUGCUGGAGGCUCUGAAGAUGUUUAAGAGGGAAGAAAUAGAGGCAGAACAGACAGAUGAUGAAUCAGUCAACAGGCAUGGUGCUGGGCUUCUUAGAGAAUAUCAGCAAUUGUCCUCCACUUUGUUGCACCCCUGCAAUGCCGGCAAGGAGCUCUGUAAUCAAAACAAGAACCGCUACAAGAGCAUCAUCCCAUAUGAUCACUGCCGUGUGGUGCUGCAGCCCUCUGACACCGGGAAUGGCUACAUCAAUGCCAGCUAUGUGGAUACCUACCGAAGUCCACGCUUCUUCAUUGCAGCUCAAGGCCCCUUGGCUGGGACAGUGGUGGAUUUCUGGCACAUGGUCUGGCAGGAGAAGACCUCAGUCAUUGUGAUGCUGACGGGCUUAGUGGAACAGAACAAGAUCAAGUGUGAGCAGUAUUGGCCAGAGGAGGAGCAGAUCUACGGAGACUUCACCGUGACACUCAACAACACCUGGACCACAACAGGCCUUGUCAAACGCAUCUUCUGCCUGCAGAAGGCAGGCUGUGCUCUGCCAAGAGCAGUGGAGCAGUUUCACUACCUGCUGUGGCCGGACCACGGGGUGCCCAGAAACCCGUCGCAGCUGCUGUGCUUGGUGGAGGUGGUGAACAAGAGGGUGCUGGAAGCGCCUGCAGGCCCCGUGCUGGUGCACUGCAGCGCCGGCAUCGGGCGCACAGGCACCUUCAUCGCCCUGGACUUCCUCUUGAAGAUGGGCAAGGCGGAGGGCAAGGUGGAUGUGUUCCGCUGUGUGCAGCAGCUGCGGGAGCAGCGGGUCAGCAUGGUGCAGACCAAGGAGCAGUACAGCUUCCUGUACGAGGCGCUGCUGGAAGGUUUGCUCUGCGGCAGCACCGGGGUGCCUGUGGAGAGCAUCGCCAGCCGCGUGCGCUCCCUGCGGGACCAUGAGACCUCAGGCUGCAACAGCGCCCUGGAGAAGGAGUUCAAGGCCGUGCAGAGAUUUUCUGAGUUGUUCCAGCUGCUGCCAUGCAGAGAAGCAGAGAAACCCAGAAACCAAGCCAAGAACCGCAAGCCAGGGAUCUUGCCAGCGGACUCCUGCCGGCCCAUCCUGAUGUCCUCGGUGAACGCAGACGGCUCGCCAGCUUACAUCAACGCCGUCUUUGCCAGCACGUACACCGAGGAGGAGAGAAUCAUCAUCACGCAGCUGCCUUUCCCCACCACGCUGGUGGAUUUCUGGGCUCUGGUCUGGGAUUACACUUGCACAUCAGUAGUUGUGCUGAAUGAACUCCAGGAGCUGGACAAGACGUACGUGCAGUUCUGGCCCAGCCAGGGUGAAGAUGACUACGGCCGCUUCCAUGUGCAGCUGAUCUCAGAGGAGCCUGGGGCUGGCUUCACAACCUGGACACUCGUCCUCAGCAACAGGCAGCAGCCCAAGAAAUCUGCAGUGGAAAUCCAGUUACACCAACUGACAGACUGGCCCAUGCAGAAGCACCUUCCCCCCAACCCUGACACCAUCAUCAGCCUGCUGGGGAAGGUGGAGACACACCAUCGGCAGAGCCAGGAUGGACACAUCCUUGUCACCUGCUGGGACGGAGCCAGCCGGAGUGGGAUCUUCUGUGCUGCUGGUUUCCUGUGUGAGCAGAUCCAAAGCGAGGGCAUGGUGGAUGUGUCCCAGGCUGUGAGGAUGCUGAAGAGGAGGCGCAGACAGUUCAUUAAAAAUGUGGAACAGUAUGGGCUCUGCUAUGAACUAGCCCUCAGUUAUUUGAAUUCAUUUGAAACCUAUGGGAAUUUCAAAUAG